AUGAUCUCCGGUGACGGAGGUUCCACAGUCUCCUACAGAGAGCAAGUUCCCCAAUCUCUACAGACACUAGUUCCCGAUACCCUACAGACACUAAGUCCCCAUGAUCUCCGAGAGCAUUCACGAUCUCCUACAGACACUAAGUUCCCAGAUCUCCUACAGAGCAAGUUCCCACGAUCCCUACAGACACUAAGCCCCACGGUCUCCUACAGAGCACGUUCCCUGAUCUCUCCUACAGAGAGCAAGUUCCCCGAUCCCCUACAGACACUAAGCCCCACGGUCUCCUACAGAGAGCAAGUUCCCCGGUCUCCCACAGAAAGCAUUAAGUUCCCAUCAUCUCCGGUGAGGGAGUUCCCUGAUCUCCAGAGAGCAAGUUCCUACGAUCCUACAGACACUAAGUUCCACGGUCUCCUACAGAGCACGUUCCCUGAUCUCCUACAGAGCAAGUUCCCACGAUACCCUACAGACACUAAGUUCCAUUAUCUCGGUGAGGAGUUCCCACGGUCUCCUAGAGAGAGAAGUUCCCCGGUCUCCUACAGAGAGCAAGUUCCACGGUCUCCUAAGAGCAAGUUCCUACGAUCCCCUACAAGCACUAAGUCCCAGGGUCUCCUACAGAAAGCAAGUUUCCACGAUCUCCCACAGAAAGCAAGUUCCCACGAUCUCCUACAGGCACUAAGUUCCAUUAUCUCCGGUGAGGAGUUCCCACGGUCUCCUACAGACACUAAGUCCCCAGGGUCUCCUAGAGAGCACGUUCCCACGAUCUCCAGAAAGCAAGUUCCCCGGUCUCCUACAGAAGCAGUUCCCACAGUCUCCUACAGAGAACCUAGGUCCCCAGGGUCUCCUAGAGCACGUUCCCAGUCUCCUACAGAGAGCAAGUUCCCCAAUACCCUACAGACACGAAGUCCCCAUGAUCUCCGAAAGCAAGUUCCACGAUCCUACAGACCUCGCCCCACACUUCUACAGAGCAAGUUCCCCGAUCUCCUACACACACUAAGUUCCCAUGAUCUCCGUUCCCAGUCUCUCAGAGAGCAAGUUCCCGGCCUCCUACAAAACAAGUUCCCACGAUCUCCUAGACACCAAGUUCCCACGGUCCUGACACCUAAGUUCCCCAGUCUCCUACAGAGAGCAAGUUCCCCGAUCCCCUACAGAGAAAGUUCCCACGAUCCCCUACAGAGCAAGUUCCACAGUCUCCUACAGAAAGCAAGUUCCCCACAGUCUCCUACAGAAAGCAAGUUCCCACAGUCUCCUACAGAAGCAAGUUCACAGUCCUCUACAGAAAGCAAGUUCCCCAGUCUCCUACAGAAAGCAAGUUCCCACAGUCUCCUACAGAAAGCAAGUUCCCAUGAUCUCAGUGAGGUUCCCAUGAUCUCCAAAAGUUCACGAUCCCCUACAGAGCAAGUUCCCACAGUCUCCUACAGAAAGCAAGUUCCCCAGUCUCCUACAGAAAGCAAGUUCCUGAUCUCCUACAGAAAGCAAUUCCUGAUCUCCUACAGAAAGCAAGUUCAUGAUCUCCGGUGGGGAGUUCCCAUGAUCUCCAGUGAGGGAGUUCCAGUCUCCUACAGAGAGUUUCGGCCUCCUACAAGGGAGCACGUUCCCACGGUCUCCUACAGAAAGCAGUUCCCCAGUCCCUGA